AUGAGCCUGGGAAAGAGGAAUCCUGGACCUCUGAGGAAAGCAAGCGGCCUCACGGUGGCCUACGAGCAGGUUCAGAAGGGGCCCCUGAAACUAAAAGGUGUUGCAGAGUUCAGCGUGACCAAUCAGAAGAAGAAACAGAAGGACAAAGACAAGGCGAAACUCCUGGAAGUGAUGGGAAUGAGCAAAAAGAAUGAGAAGGAGAAGUGGCGCGGCCUGGACAAGCGCACCCCGGCCCAGGCGGCUUUCGAGAAGAGUCAGGAGAAGUGGCAAAUGGAAAGGAUCCUAAAGAAAGCACCCAAAAUCCACAAGCAGAGAGUGGAGGACUUCAACAGACCCUUGGACACCCUUACGGAGCACUACGACAUUCCAAAAGUCAGCUGGACAAAGUAGCCUCCCCACCCAGGGUAUGCAGCGGCAUCAAGGGGAAACGGAAGGCAAAGUUAGGGUUCUAUUUGGUGCCUUUGGUAUUUUCUAGAAACAUUCUUUUACACACACCCUUGCGUUUUC